UUGAUCUCAGGACUGAGUCACCGAGUCACAGAAGAAGAGAGAGAACAAAAAUGACGGUGGUCGUAAUAGACGGAUCGACGGUGAGGAACUUCGUGAACGACGAGUCUCAUUUCAAGAAGAGCGUGGAAGAUGCAUUUGCCGCUCUGGAUCUCAACAACGACGGUGUUCUCUCUCGAGCGGAGCUCCGCAAGGCCUUCGAGACGCUCCGCCUAAUCGAGACUCAUUUCGGUGUCGAUGUCGCUACUCCGCCAGAGCAAUUAACUCAACUCUACGAUUCUAUUUUCGAGCAGUUCGAUUGCGACAAAAGCGGAAGCGUCGAUGCGGAUGAGUUUCGGACGGAGAUGAAGAACAUCUUGCUCGCAAUCGCCGAUGGAUUAGGCUCGUCUCCGAUUCAGAUGGCGCUCAGCGACGACGAUCAGAGUUUCCUGAAGCAAGCCGCGGAUCUGGAAGCUUCCAAACUCGCUCAAUCCUCGGCCUGAUCGCGAUUUCCACGGUUUGCCUUUCCAUUUCCUCUUUUCCCCAAUUUUGAAUUGCCUGUCUGUCUGUUAAGGAUACGAACAUGUUUGAAUCUGAUUACACAAUAAAAUAUAUUCGCUGUUAA